UGGUAAUCAGUUCUGAUGAGUAGGGGGUGGGUGUGUCGCGUCGAUCUUUCAUCAUUCUGUGAGACAAAAACAAAACCGUAGACUCAGACCCAUCAUAGAUACGGCACAAUCUAUGGUGUAAGCUCAAGCCCAAUGAAACCACCUAUGAGAAGACACUUGGUAGGUGCAUAUGAGGCCCUGAGGAAAGGAAUAUUCAUCACAGCAUCAUGUCUCAUCAUCUUUAUCGCUCUGAGGAACUCGUUGAUAUGGCAUCUGGAGCAGUGUUGGGGUGCUUCUAAGAACCUUUGGUCAAGUAUUUGGGGUGUUUUCUACUGGCUCUCUGGAGAAAGCUUCUUCAAUGUUUAUGUCAUUGGUGUGGGCCUGCUUGGGUUUCUCACAUUUGUGAUAGCCAACAUAUUUUUCAUGGUUCUGGAUCUCACUGGUAGGCCCGAGGCAUUGCUUCAGUACAAGAUUCAAGAGGACAAAGGAGUCCCUGUAGAUUGGAAGAAGUACAAGAAGGCUCUCUGGCGAUGUACUUUCAACAGUAUUGUGGUUGGGUCCAUCUAUCAGUUGGUCACGUACCCCAUUGCUGUAUGGAGGGGAGUCGAUGCUGGCUACGAACUACCAACAUUUGCAACCACUGUAUUUCAUUUCAUUGGCUUUUUGGUAUUUGAGGAAAUUGGGUUCUACUACUCUCAUAGGCUUCUACAUCACCCCCGGCUAUACAAGUACAUCCAUAAAACCCACCACGAAUGGACUGCCCCUACUGGAAUUACAGCACUCUAUUGUCACCCACUGGAGCACUUUAUAGCCAACGCUGGACCAGUAGGACUUGGACCAAUCAUCAUGGGCUCUCACGCGUCCAUUGCUUCCUUAUGGAUAAUUAUUGCUGUUGUGAACACUACCAUUUCUCACAGUGGCUAUCAUCUCCCAUUUCUCCCAUCUUCUGAAGCUCAUGAUUUCCAUCACCUUAAGUUUAACCAAAACUAUGGCGUGUUGGGUGUUUUGGAUCGUUUGCAUGGAACAGAUGAGCAGUUCCGUCAAAGCAAGAACUAUGAACGCCAUGUCGUUCUCCUGGGCCUCAAUCCAGCAAAGCAGCUGUUUCCUAACACUCGAAAAGGAAAGGUUGACUAACAUUUUUUAACACGGUUUUUGCUGUUUCAUUAAAAUUCAUUUUGUGUAUCAGUUAUUCAUUAGAGAUUAGUGCACAGUUGCCACACCCGUAUAAUAUUUACACCCACGCA